AUGAUUUGCCUGAGCAUUUACAAUGAUUCGGAAGGAUAUCAAGAUCUAUUCUUAUAUGAAGCGUGUAUGAGAGAUUUGCUGGAAAGAGCUGGCAGUCUCGGCAGAAUAAAAAUCCUACCAAAGGGAACUGCAUGGGCCCGCGACAAUUGGAUCACGAAUAGCAAAUGGAAUGAAGAACGUGAUUUUAUGAUGCAUAACUGGAAACUGACACAACUGAGAACCCCUCUCACCAAACCAAUACCUUUAACCGCGUUCUCCAACAGCGAAUGGUAUAGUCCGUUUGCCGGGCCUAUUGAGCUGCCUCUUUGCACAAGAAGGAACACAACGUGGCAUUAUAACAAGGAUUUGCUGGCAACUCGCCUAGAAAUCGACAAUCGAUUACUGGAAUAUUCACGAACUGUCGACAGGCGGCGAACACUUGCGAUGUCCCGUGUCCAAGAAAUCAGGAAGGGCUGGUUCGAGUCUAAUUCCAAGUUACCUCUCUGA